AUUCCGCGGCCGCCGCCAGCUGAGGGGAGAGUCGCGGGCCGAGGAGCAGAUGCCGCGGGGGCCGCUCGCAGCCGCCGCCGACUUGUGAAUGGGACCGGGACUGGGGCUGACACCGCUGCGCUUGCCCUGCACCGGAGAUCCACAGCCGAAGGUCGCGUCCACCCGCAAGAGCCCUAGAAAUCACUGUGCUUUUGGCUUGGUGGCUCCGUGAUAUUCAAUUGUUCUCUCAUUUGUUGAGUGACCAAUCAGAUGGGUGGAGUAUGUUAUAGAAAUUGGCAGCAAGUAUCCAAUGGGUGAAGAAGAAGCCGCCUGGGGAAGUGGGCAGCCCUGACGUGAUGUGCUCAGAGAGCGAAGACCUUCCGUUCCAGGAGAGGUCUGCUUGACGUACCCCGGAGACUGACCAUAGGAAAGGCAUACCACUCGGCUGGGCUGGCGGAAGGGUGACAGCUGCAUUCUCCUGUGCCUACCACAUAACCAAAAAUGAAGGAGAACUACUGUUUACAAGCCGCGCUGGUGUGCCUGAGCAUGCUGUGCCACAGCCAGGCAUUUGCUCUGGAGCGACGAAGCCACCUGCGGCCCUCGUUCUAUGGACAUCAUGAGAAGGGCAAGGAGGGGCAGGUGCUGCAGCGCUCCAAACGAGGCUGGGUCUGGAACCAGUUCUUUGUGAUAGAGGAGUACACCGGGCCUGAUCCUGUGCUCGUGGGCAGGCUUCAUUCCGAUAUUGACUCUGGUGAUGGGAACAUUAAAUACAUUCUCUCAGGUGAAGGAGCCGGAACCAUUUUUGUGAUUGAUGACAAAUCAGGGAACAUUCAUGCCACCAAGACUUUGGACCGAGAGGAGAGAGCCCAGUACACACUGAUGGCUCAGGCAGUGGACAGGGACACCAACCGGCCACUGGAACCACCAUCGGAAUUCAUCGUCAAGGUCCAGGACAUUAAUGACAACCCUCCGGAGUUUCUGCAUGAGACCUAUCAUGCCAAUGUGCCUGAGAGGUCCAAUGUGGGAACAUCAGUAAUCCAGGUGACAGCUUCUGAUGCAGAUGAUCCCACCUAUGGAAACAGUGCUAAAUUAGUGUACAGUAUCCUUGAAGGACAGCCCUACUUUUCAGUGGAGGCACAGACAGGUAUCAUCAGAACAGCCCUUCCCAACAUGGACAGGGAGGCCAAGGAGGAGUAUCACGUGGUGAUCCAGGCCAAGGACAUGGGUGGACACAUGGGCGGACUCUCAGGGACAACCAAAGUGACGAUCACACUGACUGAUGUCAAUGACAACCCACCAAAGUUUCCGCAGAGCGUAUACCAGAUGUCUGUAUCCGAAGCAGCUGUCCCCGGAGAGGAAGUAGGCAGAGUGAAGGCUAAAGACCCAGACAUUGGAGAAAACGGCUUAGUCACAUACAACAUCGUUGAUGGAGACGGUAUGGAGCUCUUUGAAAUCACCACGGACUACGAAACACAGGAAGGCGUGGUAAAGCUGAAAAAGCCCGUAGAUUUUGAAACCAAGAGAGCAUAUAGCUUGAAGGUAGAGGCAGCCAAUGUGCACAUCGACCCAAAGUUCAUCAGCAACGGACCUUUCAAGGACACUGUGACGGUCAAGAUUGCGGUAGAAGAUGCUGAUGAACCCCCGAUGUUCUUGGCCCCAAGUUAUAUCCACGAAGUCCAAGAAAAUGCAGCCGCUGGCACGGUGGUUGGGAGAGUGCAUGCCAAAGAUCCGGAUGCUGCCAACAGCCCAAUAAGGUAUUCCAUUGAUCGUCAUACUGACCUCGACAGAUUUUUCACUAUUAAUCCAGAGGAUGGUUUUAUUAAAACUACCAAACCUCUGGAUAGAGAAGAAACCGCCUGGCUCAACAUUUCUGUCUUUGCAGCAGAAAUCCACAACCGGCAUCAGGAAGCCAAAGUUCCAGUGGCCAUUAGGGUCCUUGAUGUCAACGAUAAUGCUCCCAAGUUUGCUGCCCCUUAUGAAGGGUUCAUCUGUGAAAGUGAUCAAACCAAGCCACUUUCCAACCAGCCAAUUGUUACAAUUAGUGCAGAUGACAAGGAUGACACAGCCAAUGGACCAAGAUUUAUCUUCAGCCUCCCCCCUGAAAUCAUUCACAAUCCAAAUUUCACAGUCAGAGACAACAGAGAUAACACGGCAGGAGUGUAUGCCCGGCGUGGAGGCUUCAGUCGGCAGAAGCAGGAUCUAUACCUCCUGCCCAUAGUGAUCAGUGAUGGGGGGAUCCCGCCUAUGAGCAGCACCAACACCCUCACCAUCAAAGUCUGUGGGUGCGACGUGAACGGGGCRCUGCUCUCCUGUAAUGCCGAAGCCUACAUCCUGAAUGCCGGCCUGAGCACAGGGGCACUCAUCGCCAUCCUUGCCUGCAUCGUUAUUCUCCUGGUCAUCGUAGUGCUGUUUGUGACCCUAAGAAGGCAAAAGAAAGAGCCCCUGAUUGUUUUUGAGGAGGAGGAUGUCCGUGAGAACAUCAUCACCUAUGAUGAUGAAGGGGGAGGGGAGGAAGACACUGAAGCCUUCGACAUCGCCACCCUCCAGAACCCCGACGGUAUCAAUGGAUUUAUCCCUCGCAAAGACAUCAAACCCGAGUACCAGUACAUGCCUAGGCCCGGGCUCCGGCCAGCACCCAACAGCGUGGACGUGGAUGACUUCAUCAACACGAGAAUACAGGAGGCAGAUAACGACCCCACUGCACCCCCUUACGACUCCAUCCAAAUCUAUGGUUACGAAGGCAGGGGCUCGGUGGCCGGGUCCCUGAGCUCCUUAGAGUCGGCCACCACCGACUCGGACUUGGACUAUGACUAUCUACAGAACUGGGGACCUCGUUUUAAGAAACUAGCGGACUUGUACGGUUCCAAAGACACUUUUGAUGACGAUUCUUAACAAUAACAAUACAAAUUUGGCCUUAAGAACUGUGUCUGGCGUUCUCAAGAAUCUAGAAGAUGUGUAAACAGGUAU